AUGUCGGCAAGAACUACGCGGGAAUGUUUGUAUCGGUUUUGCCAUAAUGUGGUGAAACCGUAUAGCAAAAAAUAUUUGUGGAAACCAAACGCAUAUGAUGUUCACCAGUUGUACCAAGCUCAUGAAGCACGACACAGGUUUCCGGGAAUGCUCGGUAGCAUUGAUUUUAUGCAUUGGGUGUGGCAUAACUGCCCGAAUGCGUGGCAAGGCCAAUAUACGCGAGGUGAUCACGACCAUCCAACCUUAAUACUUGAGGUCGUGGCCUCACAAGAUUUGUGGAUCUGGCAUUCUUUCUUUGGUCUCCCUGGUUCACUCAACAACCUCAACGUGCUAUACCAAUCGGCGAUCUUUAGCGAUGUCGUUAAUCGAACCGGUGCGGACACCCAUUUUACAGUUUCUGGGGUUGAGUAUAGACGCGUAUAUUAUCUUGCUGACGGAAAAUAUCCGUCUUCGUCUACAAUUGUCAAGACUAUUCCAUAUCCCGAGGACGAAAAAAGGAAAAAAUUCGCCAAGCGUCAAGAAGCUGCAAAAAAAGACAUCGAAUGUUGUUUGGUGUUUUACAAAAAAAAAUAG